ACAGGCAUGCAGACAGCCGACCACUGCAAAGUGUUGAGCGCGGGACAGGCUGGCUUCAGCCCACACACCACUCUUCCUCUAUCCAGAGAGAAGACUCUGAAGCUCUGCUGUGAGGCGCUCACACUCAUCCCAACCAAUAAUGUGAGACUAAGACGGAAACGUUCGGCAAAUGUUUAAACUCAUCGUCGCUUCAUUGUACUCCAGCGGCGUCUGUUUCCAACACUGUCACACAGUUUACUGUCAGUAGGCUAUCCACGAGGAUACCUGGUGUGUGAUGCGGCAAUGUCCCGAGGAGUAUGCCCACGCGUGGACUCUUGCGGAUUUUGGAUUUGGUCGGCGAUCAUAUUUGCGGUGGUUGUGAUCGACGCGGAUGCGUACAGUUGUCAUGAAGUGAGGACUGCUUUCCAGCUGCGACAGGUCGGGCCGCUGCACCGCGUACCGGAGACACCUGGCACAGAUGUGGAUCUUUUGGUCUGUAAGCACCAGGGUCCAUCCUGCUGCACCCGGAAGAUGGAGGAGAGCUACCAGUUUGCAGUCAAAAGAGAAACCCAACACAACAUUCACUCAUACAGCUAUGAGCUUGAGCACCUCCUCUCCGGCCACUCGGAUGCCUUCCAGGACAUGUUCCAGUACCUUCUCUCCUUUUCUCAAGGCCACCUGAGCUCUCUGUUGGAGGGAACCUACUCAUCCCUGUCCCGCCAUGCCCUGCCCCAUGUUAACCAACUCUUCUCCUCACUCUCUCUCUACCUCCGCGGGGCCAACGUCUCUGUGGAGGCAUCUGUUCACGAUUUUUUUAACAACCUCUUCCCGCUGGUCUACACUCGGCUCAUCAAUCCAGGCAUCGAUGGCAGCAUGACCACGGCCAGUGAAAUGGGCGACUGUCUCCGCAUGACCAGGCAGGACGUCAACCCAUUUGGGCCUCACCCAGCGGUCAUGGCCCAAGCUCUGGCUGGGGCACUUGGAGCUGGCCGACAACUGGGCCUGGCCUUGGAUGAGGGUCUUGAGGUGAUGAACGCUACAGAAUAUGUCAGCCUGAGCAAAGAGUGUGUUAAGGGCCUGGUGAAGAUGGUGUACUGCUCCCACUGCAGAGGACUGACAUUGAUAAAGCCCUGCGUUGGAUACUGUCUGAAUGUAAUGCGAGGCUGCUUGGCCAGCGUGUCUGAGCUCGAUCAGCCUUGGAGGAGGUAUACCAGCCUGUUGGAGCAGCUAACCCACGCCAUGGCUGGACACCACAGCCUUGAGCUGGCACUUCUCGGGGUUAGGGGCUACGUUAAUGAGGCCUUGCUCUACGCACAGCUCCAUGGUCCACUCAUCACUGCAACAGUGGACAAGGUGUGUGGCCUGUCGACUGGGGAACCCACAGGCACGCAAACUACAAACCCAGAGGUCACAACCUCCACUGUGACCUCAUCUUCUCCUCUUCCAUCUGCUGCCCCCUCCCAGCCUCUGCCAGAGCAGUGGCUGGGUCAGUUAGCCCACUUGAGGAGCUCGUUCCCCCUGAAACCUUCCAAGAACAAUAAACAUAAUCUGAGAACCCUCUCUAGGGAGUUCUUGAUGUACCUGCAGCGCUACAGGUCAUUCUUUGCAGCAUUACCAGAGAUGCUGUGCGAAGGGGAGAACGUAGUGGACGACUCCACGUGCUGGAGUGGAGAUGACGUGGUGGAGAGCUAUUCAGGCAGAGUUGUUGGGAAUGGUCUACACGCACAGAGGCAAAACCCAGAAGUCAAAGUUCGCACCCCGAACCCUACACUAGCCGAGGUCAAGGAGAGGUUGGAACGCUUCAACCAGGAGACCCAGGAGAGGUUUCCCAAGCUGGGUCAGUUGGAGCCCUGGGAUCAGCUGGGCAGUGGGGAGACGGAGGAGGGCAGCACCACAGACUGUGAUGAUGAAGAUGGAUGUCAAGCCUCAGGAGACGGUCAAGGCCAGACCUCACACACUGAAGUCUCCAGUGUAGGAAAACCCAUUGGGAGACAGCCUGGAGGUCGCAGCCAACACGAGAACCCGUCCAAGCCCCCCUCAGUGAGGGUGAUAGGGGGAUCGCCGUCUGUCAGCUUGGGACGACCUUGGACCUUGGCACUGCUUUUUGCUGCACUUUUCUUGCAGUGGACCCUGUUUUAAAGCCAGCUUCCUCUAGCCAUCACCCACCAAAAGUAGCCCUCUUAGGACUCACAUACAUGAACACAGACACUCAUAUCAUAUACAAAUCACUUGUAGUACCCUUACUCCUGUCCUCAGCGCACAUGAGUGGAUGGUAAUGAUGGAAUGAUGGAGAAGACGAGGGAAAAACAAAACGGAGGUGGAAGAGAAGAGGACAACGCUGUGGGAGACUGUAGACGGGGGCUUUAGCAGGAACUCUUUGUCCUGCAGCAUCACCAGUGUAGGUGUUUGCUUAAGCUAAUCCAAUGCACGCUCAUCUACAGACAAGAUUAGCCUGCUGCUUCUUCUGGGCUGCUUUGGAGCUGAAUGUUCGUGUGUACGCACACACACACCAGUGCAGCCCUAGCCUAUGUGGUUCACAGUGGGACUGGCUUAUUCUGAUUUCACUUAAAAAAAUGUCUACAUUUACAUUUUUCGCAUACAGUACAAAUACAACUCGCUUUCUUUUUCUGCUGCUGGUUUUGACUUAAACCUUCAGGCUGAAAGCUUCAGCACGGCUACUGCACCCCCUUUGCCAGCCAGGCAGAAGAAUUCAGCUCAUUUGAAAACUGGACUCAUUUUCUUUUGGAGGAUUAAGGAAUGCAUGAUAGAUUGAUAGAUCAAGCCCAGGUGCCUGGCCCAGAACAGCAGAUUUGAUACACUCUAAUGACUGUGUACCUUGGCAAGGAUUAGAAUGUAAUGAGUUCACAGGUAGAGCACGCGCACACUUGCACGGCUGAACACAUUGUGCAGACAAACUAGGUGUGUAUAGUAUGUAACUGUAUAUAGGUGGAAAGAUUUGAUGGAGUGCGUGCGGGUUCUGAAUCAACAAUAAGCUCUUAACUGAUUGAGCAGAAUGAAGAUUUUUUUUUUUCUCUUUUCCCUGAGCUAUGAAUGGACUGUCCUUGUCUGCUUGAUCUUCCAUACAAAACAAUGCAAAAAGAACCUGUAGAGGUUCCAUUUCUUCAACAAAUAAAGCAGGAAUGCACAUCAUUCAAUGAAAGCCUGUGACAUAUGAAUACAUUGGGACGAAUUGUGUACAUUGUUUAUUUUACUAAUGUUUAUUGUGCAUCAAGUUUUGUGUGUUCGCUCGUUAAAUUGCACAUUAAUGCAUGAACAACCUACCAUGUUAUCGAAAUUGUGAUGGUAGACUGAGGCCCUUCUCCGAUAAGCAACAAAAGCUCAUAUACAGUCUUGACUUUUUUAGUUACAACUCAAAUGAUGUUUCUGAAGUUUAAAAACAAGCAGAAGGUUGGGGUGCUAAAUCCAACACAUUCAGAUCAAAAUGUAGCACACAAAAGAAAUGAAGAAUACUUUUACAAAGUUGGGUGCAUCUGUUGUUUUAUCAAGUCUAUUAGCCUUUGAGUAAGUCCAUAUUUGGGAAUUUAUCACUUCUUGUGGAAAAUAAGCUCUAAUGUCUCUGCAGCGACUCUUAAGCUAACCAUUCCCUGGAACUUAUUGCUAUAAUGGCUUCUUCUGUGUACAUGCUUUCUCCCUUUUCUAGAUGAGGGUUAGAUUUUCCUUACAUUGGACUACCUGUGUGGAUGGGGAUGAUUGCAUGUUAAAUGCUAUGCAGAUACAGUAUUAAACCUGAUAGUGCUUAAGAGGUACACAAACAGUAUUAAGCUAAAUAGGUCUUUACACUUACAUGGGUCUAUGUGCAGUAAAAUACCUCUUCCAUUAACUCACCUUUAUUCUAGACAACUCCUCCUCUGCCAACUGAAAAGUCGCCGUUGACUCUACCUAGAAGUGGAAGAAGGAUGACCUGUUUAACUCCCUGCAAAUAAAUAUAAUUAUACAUUCAUUUUCAGCAGUGAGUUAAUGAUAUAAAUGAUGUCAGCUAUGUAAGGUUUUUGGGCAGUUUAAAUGUCAAGUCGUGUGUUCUGUAACCAUAUUUGUUUAGUUGGUAUGAUUUCCUCAGUGUAUGUUCUGUUGUUCAUUGCACCUUUGGAUCACCUACAACCCUUUGCCCUUGCAUGUGUAUAAAUGUACAUAUUUUAAGUCACUUGUCAUUUGUUUUGUGUCUCAUUUCCUCUCUUCUGUAUCAGUAUAUGGUACAGUGUAGCUGGGCUCUAUUAAAGGUGCUCUGCUUUUGUU